AACAGAUUAUGUACAAGUAUAGUAGUAUUUAAUAGACGAUCCAUAUGCCUUUUUGUGUCACCGUCCAAUAUUGUCUGUCACAAUCCACCACCAAACCCUUCUUUAUGCUCUGUUCUUGAGUAAACAACUUUUGAUUUUUCUCGCGUUCGAAGAAACCUCAAGAACGAAAAGUCUUGAAAGAAGACCCAUUUUAUUACAAAGCCUCUUGAGAUUUUUGGAUCUCGUUGAAGAGGUUUUCUAAGGUUUAGAUGGGUGUGGCUCACUCUGACCUUCACAAUGAUUUGUCUUCUUCAUCUUGUUUUGGGGAUCGGAAUCUAUCGAAGCUUGGGUUAGGUGAUUUUCCAGAGGCUUGUGUGGCUAUGAUUGUUGAGAAUUUGGAUCCCGUAGAGAUCUGUAGAUUCUCAAAGCUCAAUAGAGCAUUUCGUGGCGCUUCUUGGGCUGAUUGUGUGUGGGAAUCGAAGCUUCCUCCAAAUUACAGAGAUGUUCUCGAGAAAAUCCUUGGUGGGUUCCCUGAAAAUUUGCAAAAAAGAGACCUUUAUACUUUUCUCUGCAGGAUUAACUCAUUCGAUGAUGGCACCAAGAAGGUAUGGAUAGAUAAACGAACCAGUGGUGUUUGUCUAUCCAUUUCAGCUAAAGGAUUAUCCAUCACAGGCAUUGACGAUCGUAGAUAUUGGAGUCAUAUCCCCACUGAUGAAUCUCGGUUUUCUUCUGUAGCUUAUCUCCAACAAAUUUGGUGGUUUGAAGUUGAUGGUGAAAUCGAUUUCCCAUUUCCGGUUGGAACCUACAGCAUUUUCUUCAGGCUUCAAUUAGGCCGGUCUGGUAAGUGGUUUGGUCGACGGGUCUGUAACACCGAACAAGUUCAUGGUUGGGACAUUAAACCGGUUCGAUUUCAACUCUGGACUGAAGAUGGUCAAUACUCCUCAUCUCAAUGUAUGUUAACUGAGCGGGGAAACUGGAUUCAUUACCACGCGGGAGACUUUGUUGUCCGGGAAUCGAAUAGGUCAUCGACAAAGAUUAAGUUUUCGAUUACUCAGAUCGAUUGUACACAUACCAAAGGCGGGUUAUCUCUAGACUCUGUAGUCGUGUACCCGAGCUCGUGUAAAGGCCAGUUGAAGCGGUUUUAAUGUUUCAAUCGGAUCCAGUUUAGUGAGAGGUUAAAGGAGGUUUUUUAUACAGUUCUUUAGCCUUGUAUAGAUGUAGUUAGAGCGGGGAAACUGGAUUCAUUACCACGCCGGGGACUUUGUUGUCCGGGAAUCAAAAUAGAAGUUGCCUUCAAAGAUUCUAUUGCUAGAAGCAACAAAUUAUAGUUCUCGAGAACAUAACUAUAUGUGUGAAAUUAAAUUGAUAUUGUUGUGAAUCGAAACAUUGGGGCAAAUAUAUAAGAUAAUCGUCUUAGUUGAUA